CCUCGCCGACUCCUUGUGUAAAUUGCCUGUGUUAAGUUAACUAACUACGGAGUUGGAGAUAGCUACUAAGACUAUCUUAUAGCGAAGUGAAACUGCUCCCGAUUAUAGUAGACUCCCUGGUAAGGGCCGUGUUAUUCAAACUUACACAUCCUUCGCUUGUUGCAUUGGGAUUCCCAUGCGCCUGUCCAUUGCUCGGGCUGGCCUUCUCCGCGCCCAUUUCAUGCCGGCUCGCAGUCCUCUGUACCCGUCACAGACCCUCCGAAACCAUCUGAGCCAGAUGACCUCGCAGCUACCUGACACUGAUGGACGGCUUUCGUUGACAAGCCUCCCGAAGUCCAAUGUCUUCACCUCCAAACUCCCACCUGACCCGGCCUUUGAGACUCCCGAGACAUCCCAUGGAGCCCCUCGUGAGGCUCUCGGCCCACGCCUGGUGAGAGGUGCGCUAUAUACCUUUGUCAGGCCCGAGCCAGCAGAGGAGAGUGAACUUCUGGGGGUCAGUCCCAAGGCCAUGGAAGACCUUUGUCUUAAAUCUGGGGAAGAGCUUACACCCCAGUUCAAGGCAUUGGUUGCGGGGAAUGACUUUUGUUGGAAUGAAGAGGUCGGGGGGAUAUACCCAUGGGCGCAAUGCUACGGAGGAUGGCAAUUCGGCUCGUGGGCUGGGCAGCUUGGGGAUGGACGUGCAAUCAGCCUUUUCGAAACCACAAACCCGAGGACCAAUACCCGAUACGAAGUACAACUCAAAGGCGCUGGGCGGACCCCUUAUUCCCGUUUCGCCGAUGGAAAAGCUGUUCUUCGCUCCAGUAUUAGAGAAUACAUUGCAUCAGAAGCCCUGUCUGCGCUCGGUGUCGCGACCACUCGAGCUCUGUCUAUCACUCUAUUGCCCCAAUCGAGGGUGUUGCGGGAACGCAUUGAACCUGGUGCCAUAGUAGCCCGAUUUGCUGAAUCAUGGUUAAGGAUUGGAACCUUCGACCUUCUACGUGCACGUGGUGAUCGCACCCUGAUCAGGCAGUUGGCGACGUACGUCGCGGAGGACGUAUUUCAAGGGUGGGAGGCUUUGCCAGCAAUGGUAAUGUUGGAUCAAAACCAGUCCUCUGAUGCCGUGGACAACCCCCCUCGACAGAUUCCCUGGGACCAAGUUCAAGAGCACCAGGGUGUGCAAGAAAAUCGGUUUGCGAGGCUGUAUCGAGAGAUUGCACGACGCAAUGCUAAAACCGUGGCUGCCUGGCAAGCAUAUGGAUUCAUGAACGGCGUCUUGAACACCGAUAACACUUCCAUAUAUGGCCUGUCGCUAGAUUAUGGUCCAUUCGCUUUCAUGGACAACUUUGAUCCGCAGUAUACGCCUAAUCAUGAUGACCAUCUCUUGAGAUACUCGUACAAGAACCAGCCUACUAUCAUAUGGUGGAAUCUAGUUAGGCUUGGAGAGUCUCUGGGAGAACUCAUUGGAGCUGGAGAUGAUGUUGACAAAGAAGGAUUUGUGAGAGAUGGCCUGACCGGGGAGGCCGCGCCUGCUGCUAUUCAGUGUGCGGAACAGAUCAUUGACCGCACAGGUAACGAGUUCAGGAUUGUGUUCCUGAAUGAAUAUAAACGCCUUAUGAGCAAUAGGUUAGGGUUGAAGAACCAAAAGCAUUCGGACUUUCAAGACUUAUUCUCGGAAUUGCUCGACAUGUUAGAGGCUCUGGAAUUAGAUUUUAAUCAUUUUUUCCGGAGGCUAUCAAACCUACCACUGGUGGACAUUGAGACUGAAGAGAUGAGGAAAGAGAUAGCAUCGAUCUUCUUCCACAGCGAAGGGUUCGGUGGCAUCGGAUACACUGAGGAUUCCGCAAGGCAACGUGUUGGAGACUGGCUUGACAAGUGGAGACAUCGCAUUAUAGAGGACUGGGGUCCUAAACAUGAUCUAGAGAGACAAAAUCUCAUGCGGAGUACAAAUCCGAAGUUUUUGCCACGCGGUUGGGUCCUCGACGAGGUUAUUGAACGCGUGGAACGCCGAGGAGACCGAGAAGUCCUUGCCAGGGUAACGCAUAUGGCACUCAAUCCCUUCAAUGAUGAAUGGGGGCAGAACCGGGACGAAGAGGAGCGCUUUUGUGGGGAUGUCCCUAGGUUCAAGAGAGCCAUGAUGUGCAGCUGCAGCUCCUAA